AUGAGUGAAAGCGCAUUUACUCCUCCCGACUACGACUUCGAUGAGAGUCCAAGAAUUGAAGCUGUAUCUUUUGAUGAAGCGACUGUUCGUAAAGAACUGAUGGCGCUCAAUGAGUCGAAAUUACCGGAUCCAGACUACAUACCACCUACGUUACUGAAGGAGCUCGCUGCCGAAUUAGCCAAAUCACUGUCCAUGCUUUUCCAAGCCUCGUACGAAGCCGGCUGUUUGUCCGCCAAUUGGAAAUCUGUGCGUAUCACACCACUGUAUAAAGGUGGCAGCAAGGGCUCUGCAAAUAAUUACGGACCAAAUAGCCUCACCUCCAUCUGCUACAAAGUUACGGAAAGAAAAAUUAAGUGA